ACAGUUACUAGGAUAAAUAAUUGUAGUGAUUAUAUUAUUAAUGAAGUAGUCAGUCUUGGUGCCCAUCGAAAUGCUUGCAAAACAUUCAAGGCAAACAAAACCAUCAAAUAUACAGAUCCUAAUAAAUCAUUAAAUGGUUUGAGAGAAAUUGGUUUUUACUUUAAUAUUCCAAACAUAAGUGCAGAGGAAGCAACCAAUAUUGGCAUAGCUUCUCUUUCCAUACAGUUGACUUCUCCUGAUUUCAACCCAUUGCUGAAUCCAGACCAAGUUAUAAGUAAUAUGGACAAGGCCGUUUUGUCAAAUCUGAUACUUUUAUGGGAUUUUAUUGCUGGAAUGGCUAAUUAUGCUGCAGUUGUCAAAUUUAGGACAAUUGCUUAUAAGGCUAUUCUUCCGAAUGAUGCCAAUGCAAUAAUCGGAUUGGCUCCAAAACAUCAUGUUACCUAUUAUUUAGAAAGCGAUGCUCAUUAUUUUCCUUUUAAUAGUAACACAACGAGAUUGCCAAAUGGUACAACUAGCUACUUUUCUGUAGCUGCUGGUAGUUUUAUUCAAGAACAGACCAUUGAGCAACGUACGCACACAGUUUUCAGUGCCCUUGCAGCAGGUGGUGGCUUUUCUGGCAUCCUAUUAGGUGUUUAUGCGUUUUUGUUUGGGAAGUCCAUAAAACCAUACGGCUAUGUUCAUAGUUUAUUUAAUAGCGUGCCUAAAUUUUAUACAAAUUCAGGGUAUGAUAUUGAUUCUCGUGUUACUUUAAUUGAACAAUAUUUACAAAACUUUAUGCAUAUUAAAAGAGAUGAUGAGGAUAAAGAAGUUUAG